CUCGCCGCCGGAAAAUGUGUGUGCGCCCGCGUGGCUGGCGCGCGGCGGAGGAGGGCCUUAAAACAACAUCGGACCGUCGAGGACCAGGGUGGAGCACCCAGUGGCUCCUGCAGCGCCGCCCGGAGCGGAGUCUGCAUGCGGCGCCGACAAUUCCCGCCAUGGACACGCACGAGAGAGCAAUGGGCCCCAGCGAGGGUGUCCGGGGCUCGGUGGGCAUCUAUGGAUGGCGGAAGCGAUGCCUUUACUUGUUGAUUGUCGUGCUGGUGGCGGUGGUGAUCAUCAAUUUAUCCCUUACCCUAUGGCUGCUCAAAGUCAUGCAGUUCUCAUCGGAGGGCAUGGGCAGAUUAAAAGUGGUCGAGGACGGCCUGCAGCUUCGGGGCCGCGCCAUGGUCUUGGACGCGUUGAUUGCGUCGUCCAUCCGUUCGCGGCCAGGGGCGCCGAUCAGCAUCGACUCGUCGCACAACUUCUCGGUCAGUGCUCGAGAUCAUCUAGGUCGAACAGUCAGCAGACUUGUUCUAGGGAGUGAUCAGCUCGAGUGCCUGGCGCGAGGUUUUCAGGUCACUGAUCCCAAAGGAGAGGUGCUCUUUUCAGCUACAAGGGAAGGAGUCGAAGUUGGUGCAGACAGCUUAAAAGUCACAGGAGGAGCAGUUUUUGAGGGCAGCGUCCAAACGCCAGUAGUGCGAGCUGAUUCAGGCUAUGAUUUAAGACUCGAGUCUCCCACAAGGUCCCUCCAGGUGAAGGCGCCUCAGGGUGUUUCGAUAGAGUCGCGCGCUGGCGACAUCAGUGCCAGUUGUCUGACAGACCUGAAGUUGCAGUCUGUCGCCGGCUCGGUGCGUCUGGAGGCGGCCAACGUGUUCUUGCCGGGGCUUCGAGAGGUGAGCAGGGGUGGCGGACAGGGUGGACGCGCCGCCCACGACGUCUACCAGUUGUGUGCGUGUGCGAACGGACGCGUUUUCCUCGCGCAACCAGACGUCGCGUGUGCCGCUGACAGCGACGUUUGUCGCUAAAACACUCCUCUGUAUACAUGAAUAGCGCCUCGAAAACUGCCUGUUGAGCGUCAAUUAUACGCAGCUGAAUUAAUUUAUUAAUAUAAUAUGCGUGGUGGUGCGCACCACAUUUCUUGACACAUUAUUUUUCUCGUGUUGUCUGCGCCUUGAUGAUUUUGCUGCCAUAAAAAAGAUGUCUCCAAAGUUUAUUUCAAGUAGAAUUGGUAUUUUUUUUUAAAUAAAUAUGGUGAAAAUAAGGAAUUUAUCCGCGCAUUUCAUCGCAAACUAGACUGAGAUCUCAACAAUGAUGAAAGAAAUAUCUAUUAAUGCUCUCUGUUUAAGUCUGUGAGCCAGCUUUUCAUUAUUUAGGAAAGUGUCUUAUAUCUUGUGUGUAUCUAAUAUUUUUUUUUCAGCGAGAGAAACUUCAAAAUGUGAAAGUGUUCCUCAAAAUGCAUGGGUUACUGUAUAACAUUUUUUGAUACUGCAACUGACGAUUUCUGAUAAAAUGAAUUAAUUACUAAGCUGUUGUUGUUACUACGUGUGAAUUAACUGAACUGAUCAAAAGAACAAUUUUGGGGAAUUAUAAAAAUAAUAAUGGGAAUUAUGAAUUUAAAAAUCAAAUAGCUAUAAUGGGUAUACAAAAUAAAUAUAUAGCACAUGUUACUAUACAAAUAAAGCAAUAUGUCUUAAA